AUGACGAAAUUACCCUCAGGCCUUCUUCUAAAGUUAUCUCUUCACUGUCAAGAAAAAGAGAACAAAAAAAGAAGGGAAUUUCCUCUGAAACGUCACGAACGUGAAUUGGGUUAAAAAAAAUUCCUCUCAUUGAUCCAAUCCUGAAACCCUAAUUUCGAUUCUCUUUGCUGAUUUUCGAGAUCUCAAUUCGAAGAAGAUGACGAAGGAUUUCGCAGUUCCACCUGUAGUUUUCCCCUCCGGUGGAUCAUCAGCCGGUCCAAAUGUCCAGCAACGAAGAUUCCCAGCGACACCGUUUCAACCGCCACGUCCCUCUUCUUCCGCAAUCCCUUUCAUGUCGUUCGACAUAGGAUCCGCAGCCGCGUCUUCCGCUACACCUGCCGGACCAUUCGGCGGCACAAUCGCUUCCUCUUCGUCUUUUGGUGGAGGUUCAGCUUCGUUUGAAGAUGAGGAGCCUCUACUUGACGAGCUCGGUAUCCAUCCGGAUCAAAUCUGGAAGAAGACUAGAUCGAUUCUCAAUCCUUUCCGGAUUAAUCAAACUGUUCACAAGGAUUCAGAUCUAUCUGGUCCAAUCUUUCUAUACCUUGCGCUUUGCUUAUUUCAGUUGUUAGCCGGUAAAAUCCAGUUCGGUGUCAUACUUGGAUGGAUCGUCGUCUCGUCCAUAUUCCUAUAUGUUGUCUUCAACAUGCUUGCUGGUAGAAACGGGAACCUUAAUCUCCAUACGUGUACGAGCUUGGUUGGAUACUGUUUGCUUCCGGUGGUGGUUUUAUCGGCGGUGUCAUUGUUCGUGCCGCAAGGAGCGGGGCCGGUUCGGUUUGUGCUUGCGGCUGUGUUCGUCUUGUGGUCCACGAGGGCUUGCUCUACAUUGGUGGUAUCUCUCGCCGAUGGUGGAGAAGAGCAUCGUGGUUUGAUUGCGUACGCUUGUUUCUUGAUCUAUACUCUCUUCUCUCUUCUUGUUAUAUUUUGAUUGAAUAUUGAUAGAUCGUGAAAUCACUUCCGGUGCCGUUAGCAAGUAGCAAAAGGCUACAAAUAUAAGUUCUUUGAUGUGAGGUUGAAUUGGAUGCGUGUAAAGGCUUUUUUUUUUUUGGGAUAAAUUUAGAAAGAUGUUUAAGAAAUUUGAUUCAAUGUUUGUAUCUGUCACUCGAUCUUUAAGGUUUUUUUACUUACGAAUUAUAUAUACAAUUCAUCGAUAUGUCUUUUGACAUAGCUUGUUCCUUGAGAUUAGAUUUGCAAGUGUAUCGGAAUUGAUAUUGCGAUUACAUGUGCUGAACUAAUGCAGAAGAGCUUUUUAUGCUUC